GUAUAAGAUAGUAAUCAACAAACAAAAAUGAAAUUCACUUUGAAAACAUUGAUCUAUUAGUAAAAUUUGUUGAAAGAUUUUAUACACCGAUUCCACGCAAUCACCAUCCUUCUUCUCCAAUAGAUAUCCUUCCUCCACACUUGUACCAAAUUAGGGGAAAAUUUAAAUAAUGUAUAUAUACUAUAUUUUAAUUUAUUAUUCUUUGGAGCUGAACCGAUUGCUUGAUAUCCGCAGUUGAAGAAAACUGAACUUCUUCAGAUAUUUAUUUGCUUCAGGUGAUAUUCGCCUUUAAUCAACCCUAUAUUUGGUUGUUUGGAGAAUCAUCACAAGAAGCUGCGAGUUUCUACUCUCAAAUCUUAAAUUCCUUCCGGUGCAGACAAUUAUAUCACCUGGUUUCCAAUGCAGUCAAUUUAAUUAUUUUCAAGGUGGCAUAUCUGUUACUUAUACGAUAUUGUGCAUAAUGAUCUGAUUAAGGCACACUGUUUUUGCAUGCAUUCAGUGUGUGUGAGUGAUGUUCAGUGGGCAAAAAGGAUUUCAUGCUCUCAAUAUAUUCAAGUGGAGACAGGCUAGUGCAUCGAUACUGACUACUGGGUUGCUUGAUGAUGUACCACAUGAAAUUGAGUUGUCUGAUUAUCAUAGAGCACCGAGCCCUGGUAGUGAGAGCCCAUCUGGGCUUCUCGAUGGGGAGACCUUGAAUGUCGAGCCAAUUGAUGAUCUGGAUCUGUUCUUUGAGAGGAUUUACACCUAUUACUGUGAGAAAGGCCUUUGGUGCAUUAUCAUCAAGUGGAUGGUUGAGCUUCUUAGCUUGGCCUUCACUAUAUGCUUUUCUGGUUUCUUUCUGCUAUAUGUUGAUUGGAAUGGCCUCCGCAAUGCAAAAUGUGGCAUGGAUGCAGUGGAAUCUGGUAUCAAACCUUGCGACCUCUAUGAGGAAGCUUUACAUAAGCAUCCAUUGACUCCUCUCACUCUUUCCAAAGCUAUAAUUGUAGGAUAUUUGGGGAUAUUUUCCAUCUACUGUAUAUUCUGCUUUUUGAGGUUCUUUGCGCAGUUGAAGGAGACUCUUAAGAUCCGUUGGUUUUACUACAAUAGCCUCCAUGUGACAGACAAUGAAAUACAGACAAUGCCAUGGUCGUUGAUUCUUGAAAAGGUUGUUCAAGUACAGCGGACACAGCAGCUAUGCGUGGUCAAGGAUCUUUCUAUGCAUGAUGUGGUGAUGAGAUUGAUGAGGAAGGAGAAUUAUUUAAUCGGCAUGCUUAAUAAAGGAGUGCUUGCUUUUCCUAUAUCGCAGUGGGUCCCUGGUUCUUGCGCAACUGGAACUGUUGGUACAGAUGGUGGCCAACUUCGUCUAGUACUGCCAAAGACUCUUGAAUGGACCUUAAAUUGGUGCAUUCUUCAGAGCAUGUUUGACAGGAACUUCCGUGUUAGAAGUGACUUUGUCUCUGAUCCAAAUACAUUAAGGAAAAGGCUUAUGAUAGUUGGCUUUGCUCUGCUUCUUCUGUCUCCGUUCCUUGUUAUUUUCAUGCUCGUAUAUCUCUUCUUGAGGCACGCUGAACAGUUUUACAAUCAUCCAAGUACAGCAUCAUCGAGGAGAUGGUCAAAUCUCUCUAAGUGGAUAUUCAGGGAAUUCAAUGAGGUUGAUCAUUUGUUUAAGCACCGGAUAAACAGCAGCAUUGUGCAUGCUUCUGAUUACCUAAAACAAUUUCCUUCACCUAUCUUGACUGUUGUGGCAAAGUUCAUAUCAUUUGUUUCUGGUGGCUUUGCUGCUGUGCUCAUAAUAAUUGCGUUCUUAGAGGAAUCUCUCCUGGAAGGCCAUAUAUUUGGGCGAAACUUAUUCUGGUAUGCUGCAGUUUUUGGAACUAUAACUGCUAUAAGCCGUGCUGCAAUGAUGGAUGAGCUUCUUGUCCUUGAUCCACAUGGGGCAAUGUCCCUGGUUGUCCAACACACACAUUAUAUGCCAAAAAGAUGGCGCGUGAAAGAGAACACUGAGACAGUGCGGCUCGAGUUUGAGACUCUUUUUCAGUACACAGGAAUGAUGCUGUUGGAGGAGAUGGCCUCAAUCUUUCUCACACCGUAUCUACUUAUGUUUGUUGUCCCUAAGCAGGUGGAUGAUAUCUUAAAGUUCAUCAAAGAUUUCACUGUGGACGUUGAAGGCGUGGGCCACGUAUGUAGAUUUAGCCUCUUCGAUUUUAGAAAUCAUGGAAACAAAAGAUAUGGUUCGCCGUUUGACUCUACUCGUGAUCAGAGGAGUUCCCAGGGGAAAAUGGAAAAGUCAUUCUUGAGCUUUCAGAUCGCAUAUCCGUCAUGGGAUCCUAAUGAUGAUGGGAAGCAGUUCCUCGCGUCGUUGAAAAUGUUCAGAGAUCAAAAGCUGAGAGGUCAAGGGACAGCAAUCUCGCAGACAACAUCCGGAAUGGCUCAUCAGAAUCCAAAAGUCAGAGGCUUUGGCGCGGGUGAACGGAACGCCAUGUUAUCGAGGGAAAUGCCUUUCAACAAUAUGGGGAACUUCCACCAGUUGGACUCCAUGUGGCUGAUAGAUGCCGAGCAGCAGAAUUUUCCCUACAUUCUGGAGUGGUAUUACACCUCGCACAAUCAUGACACAGACAGAGACGCAGAUAACUCGAGAGAGAGACCGCCGAGAAGCUACGACCACGAUGAGGAGAACCCGCCUGCUCAAUGGAUGCCGCCCCACUUGACCAACACCACUCCCAAAUACAAUGACGAAAACUGGGACGACAGACUGUUUGAGGAUCGCACACAGAGCCAUCUAGAAGCUUCCACAUCGUUCCCCCUCUUCCAAGAAAGUUUGCUGCGGCAGCAGCAUCAUGAGUCCAAUGGCAUGCAGCACCCUGGCAGGAGCCACUGGUGGGCCAGGACACGGCCACAAGGCCCGGGUCAGGAGAAGAGCUUUCUUGAGCCUCCGAACUUCUUCCACAAAGCUUCCACACCGGUUCCCCUCUUCCAAGAAAGUGUGCAGCAGCAGCAUCAUGAGUCCAAUGACAUGCAACACCCUGGCAGGAGCCACUGGUGGGCCAGGACACAGCCACAAGGCCCGGGUCAGGAGACGAGCUUUCUUGAGCCUCCGAACUUCUUCCAAGAAGCUUCCAAUGAUGACCUCGACAACUACUCGGACGAGAGAAGCGAUGAGGAACAUCAGCUGGAGUUGGGAAACUCGAGAGGACUGUCGAGGAUGUUCGUCAUGGACGAUUUAGAUGGAAGGAAUUUCAGUCUUCCGUUUGUCGACAUAUAUAAGGACCCGUCAGAAGAUUCCGGACCAGGGUGAUUAGGUUUCUUUGGUUUGCAACAAUUGGAACAUGUUAGAGCUUACCCUGAAUCCAAAAUCUCAAAAUUCUUUUUUGUAAAUAAAGAAAGUGUACAUACAUUUGAAUCUGAGGCUUGGUUUUCCCUCUGCUUGAUUUUCAAGGUGAGGGGGAAUGAAUGCUCUAAUCAUUCUCGUACAAUAAUAUAUAUGCUAUUUAGUAGCCAA